ACGGCAUUGGCCUUCUUUUCCUUAUCAACUAAAACCAAAGAAACGAGGAUAAUACACUAAUUACAAAACUCCUCUCUUCUCUUCUUUGCGCUUCAAUGGCAAUGGCUCAAAACGAUAGGAAUACAAGGAUUGCUCAAAAGGCUUUUGAAAUGGUUGAUAAGGUGUAUGGUAAGCCCCCUAAACAAACCACUAAACCAUAUGAUCCUAAAGACGAGUUCCCUUCUCGUUUUAGCCAAAAUGCUUACAAAUAUAGUGGUCCAAAAGUUUAUACCGUACAAGAGGCGACUAGUAGUACUACUAUUAGUUGUAGUCGAGCUAUUUAUAUGUACUCACCUGAGUCAACUAUGAAAGAACCUGUUGUCUCUCACCCCACUGCUCAUAUUCAAUACUUCGGUGGUGCCCGUCCUUUUGUUGGCAAUCCCAACCGGUUUGAGAGGCCUAAAGGACGAGUUAUUAACUGCGACGAGGCUGCCCAACUCUAUGGAGGGGUGCUUAUAAAGCAAUUUCGUAAAUAAGCGGUGUAAACCUCAAGUUAUGUUGAAGAUGCAUGGUGAGUUUGUAAUUAAGUGUGAUAAUUUCUAUCUCUACUUUGGAAUGUGCAGACCGACACAGAUGCGAAAGCUUGUUGUAACGGGUUUGACUUGGAAUAAGCUUUAGAUCACAUCCAAGUGUGUGUGUGUGUCUGUUAUGUAUUUAGAAAUAGUUUAUGGUGAAGCUUAUGUAAUGUAAAAUGCGAUCGUGCUAUGUAUACAAUGUGUAAUGUGUCUCUACUUUUUGUAUGCAUAAAUAAGCAAGUAUUAAAAACUUAAAUAUUUGACCCUUUUUCUAAGGGAAUAAUAUCUUUUCAUCAGUA